GGCAAGAAACGGAGUUUAGAACAUGUAACAUCCGUAGAACAUGACCAUCCAAAAUUUUAUAGAACUAUUACUAGCAAGCGGCAUUUUGUUUCAUAAAUUACCGGGUAUGGUAAUUUUCCAGAUGCUGAACGACCUUUUUGUUAGCGCUAAUUAUAAAAAUCUUAAAGAAUAAUUAUCAAUCUGUAAAAUAUGUUUUCAAGAAACUAUGUGAAGCAUACAUUUUCGCUUAAUUUCCGUAACAAUGAUGCAUUAUGGAGAAUUCUACACAUAUCUUGAAUGAUGUAUCUAUAUGCGUGAAGGAUUUCAGUAGUACCGGAGAUAGGUUAGAAAAACAUCCUCGUGUUUGAUGUUCACAUAACAAGUUUGCGUUGUGUUACAUAAGUUACAAUGCUAAUUUCGGUGAUUCGGAGAUGUGCGCCGUACAAUUUACGAGUCGUAGCAUCUGUUAUUUCUAGAAAUAAAACGAAGACAAAGGUCGCACGAUAUGACAAUGAGUUAAAUCUAUUGUAUACGUCACUCCCACAUCUUGCUGCUUAUAGAAUUUACAGUACUAAACGUGAUUCUCAGUCACGGGUUACUUUACCCACACUCGUGGAAGGAACCCCUGUAUCUAUACCAAGUUUUAUAACCCCAUUGAAACUUUUAUAUUUAUCAAUUUUUAAAAUUACUCCAUAUAUAGAUAAAGAUUUUAAUAUAGCUGAAGUUCUGCAAGGAGCCCAAUAUGCAUCAAUAGUAAUAUCAAAGGCUUUAGCAAACAAAAACUUUGAAUUCUUAAAAGAUCUUAUGACGGAAGAUAUGAUUGAGAUCUUAAGCAAAAAGAUUGAAACGUUAAGUCCUAGUGAAAGACAGCUGAUUGAAUUAAACGAGAAUAAUAUUGUACUUUGUAUGUUAUCGGAUAUCACAGCUACAACAAGUUCAAGUAGCGAGCAUUCCAUUGCAGUUACAACAAUUUGUCAUUAUAGCCCAAAUUUUGAUAGAAGGAGUUAUAAAACAUCUACAGAAAGCUUUAUAAAAGUUGGCUUAUUAACUGAUCAUCUUGUAUGUAAUUAUACAUUUACUCGUAAAUAUGUAAAUAACAUUGGAAGUUCUUGGAUUGCAACUUUAGUGAAUCAUUUUACUAUGUCAUAAAUAUAUCUGUAAGAUAGAUUCAAAUAAAAACUUGUAC